AUGCACUGCCACGGGGAGAUUGUCGCUGUCUUGGCGCAACACUGCGGGUGCUUCUCACCCGUCCCGCGGGGGAAAGCACCUGCGCAGCUCGCCAUGCCCGAUGUCACCUGCUUUGAUCAGAGGAUCCGAGCCGUGUUUGGCCCGCUGGUCAAAAGUAAUAUACAUGUUCAAGACAGGACAGGGGCCUUAAUACCAGUGCUUCAAUCUGAUGGGUUCUGUGGAUUGAAACUGGGCAGAGACAAAAACCAGAACCUCUCCUUCUUCAGCAGAUAUGAUGGCUGCUAUGCACAGAUUAAGGGCGGCAAUGUGGUCGUCCCUCUGCAGGUGCAGCUGCUGGGAAGGGAUCGAUGGCUGAGGGUAAAUAUCAGCUGUCCUCUAACUGAGAGACCAAGUGAGAGAACCCGACUUCUCCCGACACCAUUACCGGGAAGCUGUGACACAGAAGGAGCUCUACAGCUGGACUGCGGCCCCCGAAGCAUUUCUAGGGACGCCUGCCACAAACUGGGAUGCUGCUAUGACGCUCGCAAAUUAACCUGCUACUACAAACUCAAUGCCUGCUCUCUGGAUGGACACGUUGUGUUCUCGGUGAAUUCCACAGUCGCAGACCGACCGCUCGAUCCCAGCGGCCUCAUAGUGAACGGUCUGCCGCAGUGUUCCCCUGCGGCCACCACCCCAGACGCGGCCAUCUUCAAGAUCGGAAUCAUGGACUGUGGUGCAAAGAUGAAGGUAGACGGAGACGUGCAGAUCUUUGAGGUGGAAGUGGAGGAGCUGCAGACGGAGAAUGGAACCCAACAUUAUCCAUUUCGGGUCAAUGUCCAGUGUGAAUUUGAAGCGUUCCAUGUAAAUCGCACAGCAGACCAGCCGCCCUUUCCGGUGACCAACCCGCCGCCUGUGAUUGCACUGGGAACCAUGAGAGUGCAGAUGAGAAUAGCCACAGAUGCAUCCUUCACUUCCUUCUUUCCUGAGGACCAGCUCCCAAUAGCCUUGCCGCUGCGCAAGGUUGUGUACGUGGAGGUCUCGAUCGCCCAGCCGUCCCCGGACCCCACGCUCUCCCUGCGCAUGCGGGACUGCUUUGCCUACCCUGCGUCUCGACACUCCGUGUGGAGGCUACUCCAGGACGGAUGCCCCAACCCUUUGGAUAACAAUAGAAGCUCCAUCCACGUGAGUGACCAGGGGGAGACCACCGCCCUCUCCCAAGUCAGGAGGUUUGAUGUCAAGACCUUUGCCUUCUUGGACCCUCAUACAGGCCAUCCGAGUGUGGAGGAAGUGUACUUCUACUGUUGGGUGGAACUCUGCACAAACGGCGUUGAGUGUGCCCAGCCAUGCUCUAUCGUUCCAUCCGAGGGUGAAAGGCAGAGGAGAGAGGCCACGUCUAAAUCCGACCAGGUCCAGCUGGUCUUUUUGGGGCCGCUGCUGCUGGGACAGAACGCCACUGAACUGGAGGACAACCAGUGCAUGAAAAAGCAGACAAUGUUUCAGGUGACGGUGUAUAUUCUCUCUGCUGUCAGUGUGGCCCUGUUCUUGAUCCUGAUGUUCAGUCUAUCAUCGAGCAUCGGGAGGCGCCAGAAGCCAGAAGCGCCGCACGCCGUGGAAGCACAAGUUGACAAACUAUCUCAAUAA